UUGAAAUUAAUUAUUAUGAAUCUACUUCAGACCUGCACCUGAGAAUGAAGAUGAGAUGAUGGUUGCAAUUUUUGCAUACAUAGAUCGAAUAUUUACUAUAGUAAGACCUCGUCGUUUACUUUAUAUGGCAAUAGAUGGUGUGGCACCUCGAGCAAAAAUGAAUCAGCAGAGAUCACGUCGUUUCCGUGCUGCAAAGGAAAGUAUUGAGAAAGCCGAAGAAAUUAAAACAAUUAGAGAAGAGUUAGAAAAAAAGGGAGCUAAAUUACCUGAAGCAAAAAAGAAAGAACAACAUUUUGAUAGUAAUUGUAUUACACCAGGUACACCGUUUAUGGAUAGAUUAGCAACAUGCCUUCAUUAUUAUAUUCAUGAUCGUUUAAAUAAUGAUCCAGGCUGGAAGAAAAUUAAUGUAAUUUUAUCUGAUGCAAGUGUUCCAGGAGAAGGUGAACAUAAAAUUAUGGAUUAUAUUCGAAAACAGAGAAAUAAUCCUGACUAUGAUCCAAAUACACAUCAUUGUUUGUGUGGAGCUGAUGCUGAUCUAAUUAUGUUAGGUUUAGCUACACAUGAACCAAAUUUUACAAUUAUUCGUGAAGAAUUCAAACCUAAUCAACCAAGGCCGUGUGACAUUUGUGGACAGUUAGGUCAUGAAAUGAAAGAGUGUAUUGGAUUACCUAAAGAAAAAACUGGAGAGGUAAAUGAAGUAUUAAUAAUACGCAUUUUUUCCUCUCUCCUUUUUAAAAUUACAUUCUACUUUUUAGUAAUAAUUCAGUUUGAAAUAAUAAAUUAAUGCA